AUGAGCGGGACCGUGAUCCCCGGUACGCCCAUCGCCGUGGACUUCUGGAGCGUGCGGAGGGCGGGCGGCGCCCGCCUCUUCUUCCUGUCGCACAUGCACUCGGACCACACGGUGGGGCUGUCCAGUACCUGGAGCCGCCCGCUGUACUGCUCGCCGCUCACCGCCCGCCUCCUGCACCGCCGCCUCCAGGUGCCGACGUGCUGGAUCCGGCCGCUGGAGGUGGGGCAGAGCCACGUGCUGGGCGAGGAGGUGACGGUGACGCUGCUCGACUCCAACCACUGCCCCGGCUCCGUCAUGUUCCUCUUCGAGGGCGCCUUCGGCACCAUCCUCUACACAGGGGACUUCCGCUACACGAGCUCGAUGCAGGGUGAGCCGGCGCUGAGGGGCCGCCACAUCGACCGCCUCUACCUGGACAACACCCACUGCCACCCGCACCGGCCGCUGCCCUCGCGGCAGGGUGCCACGCGCCAGGCCGCCCACGUCAUCCGCACGCACCCGCGACACCAAGUCGUCAUCGGUGUGUACAGCCUGGGGAAGGAGACGCUGCUGGUGGACCUGGCCGUGGAGUUCAGCACCUGGGUUGUGGUGAGCCCCUGGCGCCUGGAGCAGAUGCGGCUGCUGGAGCUACCUGAUGUGUUCACCACCGAGGAGGGGGCUGGCUGGAUCCGUGCUGUGGAUGUCACCGAGAUCCGCUGGGAUACCCUUGUCAGCUGGAACACGCUGCACCCCACCAUUGCCAUCCUCCCUACUGGCCGGCCUGUGAAGGUCACCCACCCCAACAUCCACCCCAUUCCAUACUCGGAUCACUCAUCUUUUUCAGAGCUGUGCGAGUUUGUGAAGUGGCUGAAGCCUUGCUCGGUCAUUCCAAUCGUGAAGGGUGGCAUGUGCCAGGCUUACUUUCAGAAAUACCUAAGUUCUGCCCCCCAGACACUUCCUGACCUCAAAAUCCCAAAGCCUGUGCAAGAGCCCGUACAGCAGCAAAGCAAAAGGAAGGGGCAGGAACCCAUGUCUCUCUUGCAAAGAGCUGCCUGGUGUUCUGGGCCCCGAGGGGUUGUUUACGAGUCCCCAGAGGAACACACUGAGAAAACUGAAGAGUUCGCAGGUACUAAGGUUCCUCAGCAGAACUACUGCGAGUCAGCUUUCUGCUCGAAAGAAGGUUGUACUUGUCACACGGGCAAGGAGAAAGGGAAGGAAGAGCUGAGUGGAGAACAGCCAGGAGCAGCAGGAGCAGCUAGUGCUGUUAGCCAGGCACCUGUUCCUGAUGAGCACUUUCCAACUGGAUUUGCAGAGCAGUAUUUACUCACUCCCUUAAAUGUGCUAAAGCAGAAUUCCUCACAGAAAUUUGACAAGCUGGUAGAAGAUUUCUUUAGGAGGGGAGAAGCAUCCUGAAAAAUUGUGUGACACUUGCCAGUGCCAAUGCACUUGAUAGCAGCAACACCAGAGGUUUUACUGCUGCUUCCCCUUCUCGGUGCUCAAGUUUCCCUUCAGGAGAGUUGCUCAGCUAUGAGGGUCUCCUUUCUUUACCUCUUAUUAGAGGACAAGGAGGAAACUAGAACCAGUUUGUAGGCAUUCAAUUUUUAAAAAAAUUAUUUAUUUUUGUAUGUCUGUGUACACCUGUUGGGUCUCCACACUACACGCGGUCCUACGGUGGGUGUGCCUUUUUCAGUGACUCCUCUUUUGUCACAAGAGGCAGGUACGGCGAGUUGAGCUGCAGAGGGCGUGAGCUGCCUGCAGCUGAAGUAAUUAAUGAGGCUGGAUGUGAUGAAAGAAGCAAGAAGGGGGAAACUGAGGGCCCCGGAGAUUCUUCUUUCUGUGUGUCUGUAAUGCCUCAUUGAUAAUAAGCGGUUCAUUCCAAGAUGCAUUACAAAUAUUAUGCAUUAAGGUAAAUUUUAAAAAUGGUGCUUAAAGAAACCUAGAAAAUGAAGUGCCUCUAUUAAUCUAUUGUCUAUCUAUUGAUCUACUAAUACCUGCAGACAGCCCUGCUUGUGUAUCCAGCUAACUGCAGCUGCCUGCAGUUCUGCUGUCCUGAAAGCACCAUCUUAAUGUCAACUGUCAAUGCCUUUUCAGGUUACUGGCUGGAAAAAAUAGGAAUUAUCUGGGUUCUUGAGCUCUGGACUUUCCGGAAUGGGUUACUAGAUCCUCUGCAGUCUCUGCACUCAAGCCUGCACGUCUGAAUUCUGCUUGACUGCAAAGUGCUUCUGGUAACUGCCAGCAUUCUGCCAGGCCUGCUGUCUGUUCUCAUCACGCAAUGGCAACUGGGAUGGAAGAUGAAACAUUUGCUUAGUGGUGUAAAGUGCUCAGUCUUAGCAGCAUUGUUUGGAAGGAGUACUGUGGCAGAACAGCAAAAUUGGCUCUGUUAGAGGUCAGGUGCAUUCCCACUCCAGAUCCACUGUGGAGAGCCACAGCCUGGCGCAGUCAGUCGAGUGAGUAGCCAGCGGGUGCCCACUGUGGAGCCUGGAGACGCUGCAGUUACCCGUGCCAAAUUGCACUAGCAACGUUACAGUUUGGCUCCCCAUGGGGUCAAGGCAGCAACACUGGAGUGGAAAUGGUCACUAGGCACUUUCCUGGAGCAACAAACCAGGUUGUUAUUCAGCUUUGUUUAGCCUCCUCUGUUACUUUCAAUGCAAAAUGUUUCAUGUGACUUUGAUCAGGAUUGGAAUCUUUUCUGAAUGUGGUGUCCUGCGAGGUCUUUCCAAGACCAGUCAGCUAGAUGGAUUGAAUUCCCUGAAUCAAGCCAGAAAAGGAAGCAUUUGCUCUUUGAGCAAAAGAUGCCUGUAGAUGCAGCAGCCACACCUGUUAAAAACAAGGCUGUCCUGAACAGUAAUCAUGAUGACAGCCAGCAUGGGUAUGUUUGGAAAGCUUUUUGGCAAACCGGAGUCCUAACUCCCAACCCUGUGCCUUCCCAGGCACUGCAGCGUUUAUCGCCACAGUGGUCAGCGGUGCCUGCCAGCUGCUACGGGGGUGUCAGAAGUGAUGGAGCCGUGUUCCGUGAAAUACACUUCAAAAGGGGUUGCAAGGGCAGCUCAGCUCCUUGCUGUGGUCUGUAUGGACCUGUUUCUUGGAGGUUUCUGUACGGAUUAUUUGCUAAUCAAAACUCCAACUGCAGAGCCCCAUCAGGUCAGUGUGAGUGGAGACACCCGCAUCUUUUCUAACAUCUGAGACUGCCAGGGAAAUAAUUGUGCUAUGCUUGUGGUGUUUUGUCUGCUGCUGGCUGCCUUGGACAUGCAGGCUGUUAUUUUAAUACUGUUGAAAUUUAAGUGACUCAUUUGACAGGCAAGAGAGCGAAGCGCUGCCUGAACUCCCAGAUUCCAGGUCCUGCUUUCGCGUGCAGCCUCUCCAUUGCUCAGAAGGAAUGCUUGCCCUCUGAGUCACUGCUCCAUUUAGGUACGUUGCAAAGGACCUCGGAGAUCUGAUGCAUUUCACUGCUGAUGUUUUGUGGCAUCGAGCUUUUCCUCCUUUAUUCUUAUCAACCAUUCUUAUCAAUCAUUUCUUCAAGUAAACGAAGGUGAACCUCUAGGCAAAAUGGAGUUGUAAAUGUUAAUUCUUUACAGAGGCAACUCUGAUCAUGCAAAAAGAAGUGAAAAUUGCAGAGGCUUCAGAAGCUGGGGUUUUGCAUCCCAUUUCUGAAUGCUUAGUUAAAACCACAGUAGUAGUUCUGGCUUCUGUUACUACAGCUUAAAAGGUAAUUCCUGCCACUUCAGAAAGAGAUCAUCCAAAUUAUACAGAGCCAAAGAACCCUAAAAUCUCUCCGUGGUUUUAAAAGGCACUAGAAGCAGGAGCAGUGUGUUGGAGAUCCUUGCCUCAGCACCGCAGGUGCAUGAGGCAUUUUAAAGUGCCACGUUUCCUCCCUCUCUUAGGCGUUAAAAUAUUGCUUUUGUGUGUUAGCCUAGAAUUCUGGAAAACAAAACGUGGCCUUGUGGGGAAAGCUGACAGUACGGUAUUGCUGAGCUCUGUGGUUUCUGAGAAUCCUUCAGCUUUGCCUGAAGUCUCCUGGCAGUAAAUAGCCCUCUCUUCCUACCACCAGCCUGGCUCACAGGGGGGUGUUGGUGCAGCUGAGAGCUGGACCAUCACAUACACCGGGGUCUGAACAUGCUGCGUCCAGCUCAGCUGCACAGGGCUCUGCCAACACUGCUACCACAGGUGUGUUUUGCUCACAACAGUGACAGUGAGAAGCUGUAGUCAAGUAUUAGCUGGACUGUUGGCUAUCUAAGGGCCACACGCUUGGAAACUUAGUUAUCCCAGCGGGGGGGGCGGGGGGGAAAGGUGCUCAGAGCAAAGCCCUCCCAAAUCUAUGUGUGCAGAGCACGCUUGAGCUGCUUAUCUCUGUUCCACAGUUGGGAACCAAGCCCCAGCGGGAUGAAACUCGCCCAAGGCCUUACAGAGGAGUGAGGAACAGACCUGAGUUCCCUUUGGCAAGUUUUCAGCGCUGUUUUAACAAGCUGUGAUCAAAUGCUGGUGUGUCGUGAGGGCAGGGCAGGCUUAUGGUUCUGGGAGCAGGGCUGCCUGCUGAGCUCCUGCACAUGGUGGCCUGCAAAAGUCCAGUCACUAUGCUAUGGAACAGAUUAGUUGGCUCUAGCUUCUCUAAACCAGAGUAGAAAACCACGAAGGGCUACCCUGCCUAUGCUAUGGGGAGGAGGAAAUGUAAGUUGAGGUUGCUGCUAAGAGACCGAGGUAAAACUUAACUAGCUCAUGCACUCCACGGCGAAGUGUAUAAUCUAACUUUGUAGGAACACCCUGGAGCGCUCUGCUCAGCAGUGUUUCUAACUCUGCCUCCCGUACUACAAGGCUAAAGCACUUACAACAAGUUCUCUCUUCUCUGCUGCACAGCUGCUGUCCAUUCCUGCAGCGCAGGUUCUUACUGUUAUUUUCUAGAUUACACACUUCUUCUUCUUCUUCACCAAGAAAAUGAAUUCAGAGACUUUACAUAAUUUCCUAUAUGGUGUGUUGUAGCUUUGGGCUUAUUCCAAAUUAACUUCAUGCCAAAAAAAUCUCUGGCUUUGUGCUCUUUCGCAGACCCUCUGAAAAAGCAGUAGAACAUAGAGAAAAGGUAGAGUCACCCUGAUAAUCAUGUGAGGUGCCUUCUUCAAAUGAGCUGCUGUCCGGCUAUGGGUAUUCUGUGCAUUUGUGAUUCCUUCUGCUAAAUUUGGGCUCUUUUUGCUAAAGUCACUACAGUGCCUAAAUUUUCCUUGCUGUCACUUUGCACUUGGCCCCAUGCCAGCCUCAGCACAAGUGGCCCCGAGUGUGCAGUAAAUUGUUUGGGACAGCCCUUGACAGCAAACUUCUUGGCCCUGGCUCAGGGAGUCUGGGGCUUUGUGAGCAGGAGCCUGGGAAAAUGAGGAAUAUUUUCAUUUUGUGCGUAUGCUCCGCUCGUGACAGAUGCGCAGCGUGGAGCACCACGUGGGGCUGAUCCUACGUAUGGUUUUCUUUCUGCGUGUUGGAAGGAUCAGUAGGGUAAUACUUAGUUUUUGUGCGUAGCGGAUGUGACUUGGUACUUUUUAAAGAUGAACAUAGGACUGUCCCUGAUCAAUGCACUCUGCUUAGCGCUAGAACUUGCACUUUUUGCCUGAGGACCAAGUCCCAUCACGCCUUCAGGGAAGUUAUUUAAUAUGUUGUGACAUCCAGGCAUGCGUAGGCAAGUUUUUGCCCGCUCAGCAUCACUGCUUCAGCCUCGGAUCAUUCGUUAACAAACGCUUGUUACAGGACUGGGUUUCCAACAGCCUCAAAAAGCCCAAGAUGACGCCGUGCGGUGGCUUUCGCGGGGCUGAUAUAGUCUCCGUCUUUCACCUUAUUCAUGUGUCUGCCUACAACAAUCUAACUGUAGCAAACAGUGGAUUGUGAGAUCAAGGUAUUUUGAUUUUUUUUUUUCCUUAUUCCAUUACUUAGUCCCUUUUUUUUUCUUUUUUUCCACUGAUCAUCUCAAUCUGGACACAAACUACUAGCCGUGAUUAUUUUUUUUUAUGCUCGUUAAAAGGUUCAAGUUCACACUCGUUGCGCUGCUGUUCGAGUAAACGUGAAGUGGUGGAAGUUUCUGAGAUGUUGGUAAGAAUAUUUGUAAACAUUUCAAAAUACUGUAAAGAAACCCAAGAAACAUCUCUGUAAUAUCGUUUUGACUCUGGAAGAGGCUGAAUUAAAAUACCCUGGAGUUCC